AUGUCAAAAGAAACAGAAGAUUUAACACCAUUGACUGUAUCACCAACAUAUAAUGGCAUGGCUGAUGGUGAAACUAUUAAUCAAAAUACCGAGUUAUUAACACUUUCAACACAAACAGUUAUAUCAUUUGUAUAUUGUAACAGACAGCCAUCAUUAUUUAAUCUUUUGACUCAAAUGUUAACAACCAAUACAUUUUCGCCCAUUAAUCCAUCUGUAGAAAUCCCAUUCCAACCAUCACCCUAUCCAGCAUCAACAAAAACUUCAACAUCGUCAUUAUCAUCUGCAGCAUCAGGAUCAACAACUUCAUCAUCUUCAUCAUCAUCAUCUUCAUCAUCAUCAUCCUCAUCACCAUCAUUAAAAAAGCCAUCAUUAAUGUUUAAUAUUUUAGAUCAAGCAAUUAAUUCAGUUUCACACCAAUUUAAAAAGAAUUUUUAUAUUCAUAUUCUUGAAAAAUCAGAUCAACCAGAUCAUGAUCUAUUAGUAGCUGGAUGUUUAUCAUUUAUUAAUCAUAUGUUAAGUUGUGCACCAUCCUAUUUCGAUUUUGAAAAGUAUAGACAAGUUUUAAGUUCACAAGGUGUUAAUGAUGUCAUUAAAACCUAUGUUAAAAGUGUAAAUCCAAGUGUUAGAUUAGAAUUAUUACAUUAUCAAAAACAUAAAAUAAAUGGUAUUAAAGUUGCAAAACAAACAUCAGUAUUACAAGAUACCCAUAAUGUAUUAUCAUUCAUUAGUAGAUUAUGUAAAAUGUCAUUUCCACCUGAAGAUGAAAAGAAUCAAUUAAUACCAUUCGAAGAAAAAAUGAAACUUUUAGGAUUCGAAUCCAACGAUUUACAAAACGAAUUACAAAACACUGGAAUUUUAGGUGUAAGAAAUAUGAUAUAUUUUUGUGCACGUUAUUCAAGGAUCUAUAGAGAAAUUUUACAAUCACAAAUUGAUAAAAUCGAUAGUAAAAAUGGGGGUCCAGAGUCUUUUUAUUCAUUUUCAAGAGUUGGUUUCACUUUAACAAAUUUAAUCUACGAACUUUAUAUUGAAGACGAAAAUCUCUAUGAAAUUAUUUUCGAUCAAGAUGACUGGUUUGAAGAGUUAUUUUGUAUUUCCUUUGAGCUUUUCGAUGAAAUUUGGGAAAGAGAAAGUCGUUGCGUUGAAGAUUAUAUUACAGUUUUACAUAAAACUCGUGCCGUUUUAUCAAGAUUAAAAUGGACCAAUCCCCCAUCAAUUGGUGCUUUCCAACAAACUUUAGGUAAUGUUUUAGAUGAAAUGUGGAGUAAAACCGAAGAGAAUAGACAAGAAAAAGAAGUUAGUGCCAGAGCUGGUGGUCUUAGUGAUAGUAUUUUAGGUAUACCACAUGGUGUAAGUGGUCAAAGUUCAUCCAGCCAGAGAUUUCAUAAAUUUUUUGGUGAGAAAUUUAGAAAUAACCGUAGGUCGAUGGAUUACCCUCAACAACAACAAAAUAAUGCAACUAGUGGAGGGGAAACUGAAUCUUCUCAAAAUAUAAAUAAUCUUAAUAAUAGUAAUGGUAUUAAUAAUAGCAGCGAAAAUAAAUCGCCAUUAUUAGGAUCAGAUGGUAUUCCAAGAUCACCACCAAUCAGUUCACAACAAUAUAAAGUUAAUACCAAAUCACUCAGUUUUAGAAAAUUAUUUACAGAUCUCAGAUUAGAAAACGAAAGAAAGGGUUCAAUCGGUAGUAGUAAUGGUGGUGGUGAUGAAAUAUCCAAUGGUGGUGAAAAUGCUGGAUCGUCACCAAAUACACCUAGAAAUUUUGAAAAUGAUGAUGGCUCUGAAAAUGGUUCAUCUUCAUCAUUCUCACUUGAUAGAUUAUCAAGAAAAUUAAAAAGAUCAGGCUCAACUAGAGAAAAAAGUCAAAAAUACAAUACCAUUACCAGUGCAUCUGGUGAAUUAAUUAUUGAAGUAUCGUCAAACUCUGCAACAUCAUCACCAUCCAUAACACCAAUUUCAAAUGUUUCACCAGUAAUCCAACCACAAAAUAAUUCCCAACAACAAGAUUCUCAACAAAUCCCACCAUCACCAUUAUAUGUCGAUGAUGGUAAAAAAUCAUUAAAAUCAAGUGGCACUUCAAUUUAUAAGAGUAUGAAAAAAGCAUUCGAAAAGAAGAGUAAAAAUAUUAGUAAUAAAGUUAAAGGUAAAAAAUCUAAAAAGAAACAAUCACAAGAUCAACAAGAGUAUCACGAUAAUAAUAGUUCAAAUGCCACCUCGCCAUAUAUAAUUCCAAGCGAUUUGAAUUUACCAGAUGACUUUGUUCCAUCAUUAGAUUUAGAGUUUGAUAAAAAUUCAGAUAGCUCAUACGAGGAUUCAUCAGAAAAUGAAACAAAUACAAUCGAUGAUAUACAAUCAAUGGAUAGCAAUAGUAUGAACAAUAGCACCAACAAUGUAUCGAAUAAUAUUGAUCUUUCACAAUCUCAAAUCAUUUCAAAUAAUAACAAUAAUAAGGUUGAGCCAGUAUCACCAUUAGUACAACCAAUCCAACAAGAAUUACAACAAGAAAUUAACUCCAAUCAAAUUACUCCUAUUUCAACACCUGUUAUUAUUUCAUCACCACAAACUGAUGAAAAAGCUGCCAUUCCACCACCAAUUGUUGUUAGUGAGAUGUUAGAGGACACUCUUAGUAAUAAUCAAGAUCAACAAAUUGAAAAUAAUAAUAAUAGCUCUAUUAAUAGAUCCAUUUCAGAGCAAUCAUUAACUGAUGCAGCCACAUUAAAUUAUCAAUUAUCUGUAAAACAAAAAGAAGCCGAUAAACAACGUAAACUAUCAUUUGAAGAAAAUAAAUCUGAUAACUCUGGUGAAAAUAAUCAAACCUCCACUACAAAUAAUAAUAUAAAUAAUAAUAAACCAAUUUCACCAAAUUAUCAAAGAAAACAUUUCCAUAUCAAUAGUAAUAAUAAUACCAUUAACAGCCAACCAAGAUCUGUCAAUUCAAUUAACUCUGUUUCAAGUGAAAGAAGAAAACCAGUUUUAUCACGUGCACCAAUUCCAACAUCGUUCUCUCAUCUUCAUCCACCUGCUAUGGUUAAAUCUCCAAGUAUCAAACAUUUAGUAAACUUUUUUGAAAUUAAGUCACAUGAAUUUAAAGACAACUCAAGCACUGUUUCUGGUUCAACUACCUCGAAUAUACCCUCUUUACAAAGACAAAAAUCAUUUAAAAGUGACCAUUCAGAAAGUAAUAAUAAUAAUAAUUAA